AUCAAUCGCAUCGUAGUACUAUAUUUUGGCGGUUGAAUCAGUGGCACGCGGUACAACGAACGUCCAAGAAGUUCGCGCGCGCGUUUUUUUUUCCCGGUGGCGGCAACCACGUUAAAACUAUAAAAAUCAUUAUGACGAUCUUUUCAAAAUAAUUUGUCUUUUGUGCAUAAACUCCCAUCGUAAUAUGCUGCUUCGCUGAGGGAGCGCGCGCGUUCGAGAAAAACAUAGAAAGAAAGAGAGAGAGAGAAAGACGGACAGAAAGUGUGAGGGAGAGAGAGAGAGGGCGAAAAAAAUAGAUCGCAUCAAGGGUCGAAAAUUGGGGAAAAGUGAAUGAAAAAAGUGUUGUGAAAAAGAAUUUUCCCGGUUAAAAUACCGAAAUUUCAAAAUAAAACAAGACUUGUGAGAAAAAACAAUAUUUCUUGUGAUUUUUCUUUUGUUUCUUUGAUAUUUUGCUCAAAGCAUGGAGUUGCAUACGCCGAAGCGCGAGUCUCGUCCCUUGUCGGACUCUAUGAUGCCUCGUAGUCCACCAAUGUGCGACACAAUGUUGUAUCCUUGGAAUUGGGGCGAAGAAGCGAGAAACGUUAAUCUCAGUCCUGGCAGUUCUUGUUCCUCGCCGGAAUAUCGCGAUAACGGACAAGCGGGAAAUAGUUGUAAUGGUACUACACAACGUUCCGGUGGUUCCGAGAGCCAUCGUCGUGGUCGACCACGCGCCGACGCUCUAACCAACCUCAUGAUGCAGGGUAGCACAUCCCCAAGCAGCAUCAAAUGUACAUACUGCAAUCGAGUUUUCCCGAGAGAAAAAAGCCUCCAGGCCCACUUGCGUACGCAUACUGGUGAACGGCCGUACCCGUGCGAUUAUCCAGGAUGUACGAAGGCGUUUACGCAAUCGGGCCAGUUGAAGACUCACCAGCGUUUGCACACGGGAGAAAAACCGUUUUUGUGUACCGAGCCGGGCUGCGAGAUGAGAUUUACGCACGCGAAUCGCCACUGUCCGGAUCAUCCUUACGCGACGUUGACGCGCUCGGACGAUUUCGUAUUGAAGCCGGUCACGGGGAACACGGAGUUGCCACACGAUGUGACGCGUUGGCUGGAGCGCUACAAGUUGGCGCGAGAGCGAGAGGAUCGUACGCCAACGGGGAAAAACGAGAGAAAGAAAAAGACGUGGAAGAGCUCGUCGGAGAAUCAUCACAAGAGAAUAAAGUCGCGGAAGGGUUUGAUGAUGGAUUCGGCGAUAGAGCAAGAGAAUCGUGACUGCAAAUCGCCGAUACAGCAGCGUUUGUACUGCAGCGAGAGUCAAGACAGCCAGGACGACAGUCAAGACGAGGAUCCGAGCGAGGCGUGCACUAUUUUACAGACUUCCGAGGACGAGGAAACGACGAGCGUGGUCAAAAUGCCAAAUACACCGGUUCGGAGACCGCUCGAUAGAUUGCAGCCGAAAAAACGGUGGCUUCGGGAGGCCUGUCUCGAGCAACAAUUGGCCAAACCUCUGAGAUGGGACAUUCGUGCAAAUUGUAACAAUCCUCCGGAGAACGAGCAAACGAACGGUCUCAUCGAAGCCCGGAUCAACGACGAGAUACCUCAAUCCGAGAACGAGCAAAGUUACCUGACGAAUCGUUUGUCCUGGGACCUUGUGCCGAACGAACUCGCUGCCAAUAGCUACGAGGCAAAUCGCAGCGAGCAAUUUCUCUUCGAAACGAAUCCACUCCCUCAGCAGGUCCAUUGGAACACGAGUGACAUAAACGUCGCAAUGUCCCCGAGAGAACGUAAUCAAAGUUGCGUUCUCACCUCCAAAGAUGCGCAGGAAGAAAACCGUUGGGAUCCUCCAGCCGCUACGAUCUUCGAUAACCGCGCGGACGGAAGCGCUCUCGAGAAGAUUCCAAGACCCCCCAUUAUCGACAAUGAAACCCGACCUACGGUUCUCAUUCUCGCUGGAAACUCCAGUUCCAAUCUCAAUAAAGAGCCGCCGAAAGUCAAUCGCCCCAACACGUCGACCGACCACGCGAACAAGGUUAAAGUCGUCGUCGUCAAGCAAGAAGAUAACUUGAUCAACUUGCCAAUCCUCGAGGAUAAUCAGAAAUGGCUCGGUGCAUUGGCCCUCAUGGAACUCGCUAAAACUCAGGAAGAAGCCGCCGCGAGAGCUCGACAAGUUGCCAAAAAUCUCCAACAAACUAUCGAUUAUACUCAGCCGUAGACUGUGAUUCAUUUUCCUUCUCGUUUAUUUUUUAUCAGAUAGAUCCCCUCGUUCUAUUGACACAAACUUGUAUUUUUUUUUUUUUCUUCAGAGAACUAAUGAUGAAACGCGUUGAUUAAGCUUUCGACACAAAAGAGAAAAAGCUUGAAAAUUUCUUCUUUGAAACGGUUUCGAAGUUCUCGUCCGUUCAACACACCGAAAAUCCUUCCUCGUUAUUCAUUUUUCGACAUUUCAUUUCAUUUAAACACCAAAAGCAAAGCCAGGCAAAGUGAGCUUCUAUUGCACUGUAAUAAUCCCCCUCUUAACAUCAUUUUUAAUUGUUACAAACCAUUGAUCCGAUUACUGAUCUCGAAUUCGUUGAAAUAACGAAGUUCUGUCUCGAAUGUUUCAGAUGGCGAAUGCGUUUUUUAAAUGUAUAAAUCGUUACUUGUUUAUCCUUCUCCGUUUUUUUUUUUUUUUUUUUUUUUUUUUCAUAAUACGUAAAAUUGAAAAUGAAGAUUUUCAAGAUUGAGCCAUAAUGACAAUCUUCAGUGAUAAUUGAUAAAUGUUAAUCGCGUUAUCUAUCUUGAAUAUUUUUCCACUUUGCGAGCAAAAAAGCUUCACUCGCACUUAAUUACUUUUUUUUUUCUUUUAAAUCUAUGGACGAGUCAACGAUUCGUCAGUUUUUUUUUCCAUAAACCAAUUUCUUAUCCGUUUAAGCGUUUUGGCACUUGGGAACGCUCCAUUAUUUUCUCCUAUUCUUUUCUCCUCCCCGCAAAACAGGGUUCUGCAUUUUAAAUUGGUGCACUUUGUACAAACGAGAAAAGAUUAUUUAACGUGAAUGUUGAUUUGUUAUUCUCAACUAAGCGAGUUUCGUCGCUACUCGAUUUCCUUAUUUUUAAAACAAAAAAGCUUUCUCGGCUAUUACCAAAUAUCUAUUGGACGAAAUUAUCAUUGCGAAAGGAAAAAGCAAAUGAAAAAAAAAAAAAAAAAAAAAAAAAAAAAAAAACGAGAAUUGCUCGAAAUGCUAAUCAGAGCCACGUCUUCGAUACGAGCGAAAUUUUGUAAUGGUAACGUUCACAAAAUCAGUCGAGAGUAUCCAAAAAUUAAAAAAAUUGACGAAUCUUUGUGCGCAUUCGUGACAGAAUGAUAUAAAAAAUGGCAACUUUGGUACAGUCGUUGGAUGAACUCUGUUAAUGCGCACGGUCGAUCGAACUCUGUUAUGAAAUUUCGCUCGUCGUUUGAGUGCUUCUUCAAUUCGAACAUGAUUUUUGUCGGUAUUGAAUGUAUGAGAACAGAAUUGGAGAGUUUCUCGUGACGUAAUAGAUUUGGUAACUUUGAAAUUCUUUAUUUUUCUUGUAUUAUCGAGCAGAGCUUGAUAAAGUGAUAUUUCAUAUAAGAAAAAACAUUUUGUAACUUCUACAAAGAUGUUAAAAAUUGAAUAUAAGAUUAAAUGCAGGUUGGAACGAGUCGCUGAGGAACAAUGGAGAGGAAAUUGGGCAAAAUUGCUGUUAGACUUGUAAUUAUUAUUUUUUUUAUAUCAAGUGCCAUUUUAUCAAACUCUGAAUUUGUAUUUUUUGAGGUACUUAAAGAUUUGCUGUCUGUAUAAUUUGAGAUACUUCAUGACGAAGCAUUUUCACUCAGCACAUCGUUCGCUCGAGUAUUAAGAGUUCAAAUAAAAGCUGUACAUUCAUCAGACGUUAGAAUUGCCAAUUCAUAGAAAAUGAGACUAAUUUGAAUAUGAAAAUGAAGGCAAAAAAAGAUGACAAAACUGAUGAAUUUCUUUGACAAGCCACAUCCCAAGCCUGUUAUCAAACGAGAUCGAGCAUUGAUAUUUCCUGGCGAUAUGAGAGAACGCGUGCUGCUGGCUCAUCUCGUCGUCUUGAGUUACUCAUGUGUUUCGUCGAGUUAUUUAUUACUGAUAGUUGACUAUGUUUUGUUUUUCUUUUUUACAUCUCGAGAUGCGCGAAAAACCUUGUGUGAUAUUUAGUAUAAUAAAACUGAAAAAAGGAGAGUAACGAAUGAUGAGAGAGAGUUAACCGUGAUUUGUCGAGUUGAGACGAAAGUGUUUAAAUUUGAUAUUGUGAAGUAUUUCUUUGAAACAAAUAUUAAAUACUAUUUAUACAA